CAGCGAGCGGCGCCCGCGUCUGCAGCGGCGCGGAGUCCGAGCGCGGGGCGCGGCGUGGCGGCGGGGGUCCGGGCCGGGGGGAGCCGGCAUGGCGCUGCGGGGCGGCGGCGGGGCGCUGGGGUUGGGGCUGGGGCUGCUGCUGCUGAGCGCCGCGUGCCUGAUCCCGCGGAGCGCGCAGGUGAGGCGGCUGGCGCGCUGCCCCGCCACUUGCAGCUGUACCAAGGAGUCCAUCAUCUGCGUGGGCUCCUCGUGGGUGCCCAGGAUCGUGCCGGGCGACAUCAGCUCCCUGAGCCUAGUAAACGGGACAUUUUCAGAAAUCAAGGAUCGAAUGUUUUCCCAUCUGCCCUCCCUGCAGCUGCUAUUGCUGAAUUCUAACUCAUUCACCGUGAUCCGGGAUGAUGCAUUCGCUGGCCUUUUUCAUCUUGAAUACCUGUUCAUCGAAGGCAACAAGAUAGAAACCAUUUCAAGAAAUGCCUUUCGUGGCCUCCGUGACCUGACUCACCUUUCUUUGGCCAAUAAUCACAUUAAAGCACUGCCAAGGGACGUCUUCAGUGACCUGGACUCUCUGAUUGAGCUAGAUUUAAGGGGUAACAAAUUUGAAUGUGACUGCAAAGCCAAGUGGUUGUACCUAUGGCUGAAGAUGACGAAUUCCACUGUUUCUGAUGUGCUGUGUAUUGGUCCACCAGAAUACCAGGAAAAGAAACUCAAUGAUGUGACCAGCUUUGACUACGGAUGCACAACUACAGAUUUUGUCGUCCAUCAGACUCUGCCCUACCAGUCCGUGUCAGUGGACACGUUCAACUCCAAGAAUGACGUGUUCGUGGCCAUCGCCCAGCCCAGCAUGGAGAACUGCAUGGUGCUGGAGUGGGACCACAUUGAGAUGAACUUCCGCAGCUACGACAACAUCACAGGCCAGUCGAUCGUGGGCUGUAAGGCCAUCCUCAUUGACGACCAGGUCUUCGUGGUGGUAGCCCAGCUCUUCGGCGGCUCCCACAUUUACAAAUAUGAUGAGAGCUGGACUAAGUUUGUCAAGUUCCAAGACAUAGAAGUAUCUCGAAUCUCCAAGCCCAAUGACAUCGAGCUGUUUCAGAUCGACGAUGAGACAUUCUUCAUCAUCGCCGACAGCUCUAAGGCCGGUCUGUCCACGGUUUACAAAUGGAACAGCAAAGGCUUCUACUCCUACCAGUCUCUGCACGAGUGGUUCAGGGACACAGACGCCGAGUUCGUGGACAUUGACGGGAAGUCACAUCUCAUCCUGUCCAGCCGCUCUCAGGUCCCCCUCAUCCUCCAGUGGAAUAAAAGCUCUAAGAAGUUUGUCCCCCAUGGUGACAUCCCCAACAUGGAGGACGUGCUAGCUGUCAAGAGCUUCCGAAUGCAAAACAACCUGUACCUGUCACUCACCCGCUUCAUCGGGGACUCCCGGGUCAUGCGGUGGAACGGUAAGCAGUUCUCGGAGGUCCAGGCGCUUCCGUCCCGGGGGGCCAUGACCUUGCAGCCCUUCUCCUUUAAAGAUAACCACUACCUGGCCCUGGGGAGCGACUACACGUUCUCACAGAUAUACCAGUGGGAUAAAGACAAGCGGCAGUUCAAAAAGUUCAAGGAGAUCUACGUGCAGGCACCUCGGUCCUUCACGGCCGUCUCCACUGACAGGAGAGAUUUCUUUUUUGCAUCCAGUUUCAAAGGGAAAACAAAGAUUUUUGAACAUAUCAUCGUUGACUUAAGUUUAUGAAGGUAUGGUUGGUGAAUUGAAAAGACAUGUAGCAUUAGCUCUCACGAGAGAUGACCCAAAAGAAAACAAAUAAAAUAAUACAAUAAAAUAAGCCAGGCUCAGAGCUCUGAAAUUAAAACAACUUAAAUGCACUGGGGAAAUAGUUAGAAGUUUUCAAAAUUUUAGGACUCACAUUUUAAUCAGGGAUUGCAUUUAUUGGCUAACUGCAUGCCAUCCUACCGUUUAAAAAGAUGUCUGAGAGCCUGUAAUUUCUGAGACAAGAGUACAGCAUUUAUUCUGACCAUCCACAAAGUAAUGUGCUUUUUCUUUCUUUUUAAUAGGAAGGAGAAAGUUGGAUGACUUAUAGCAGUUCUUAUAAUGAAAUUUAAAAAA